UAAAACCUGUGAAUGUUGCGCGUCGCAUUGUUGGAUACAACUGAUUUUUCCGUUACGCAUAAAUUCAAUUGAACGUGUUCGGGCAACGAAACAACAGCACACACACACACGGUAGUUGCUCACAUAAUAUCCGUUUCAUUCCAUUUUGGAGCACACAACAAGAAAAGGAGAAAUAAAUGAAAGUGUUGCUGGCACAAAAAUUGCAGAGGAGUGCGGUGUCAUCAAAUGAGCAUAGCAGAGAAACGGAAUAAAAUUCACCACUGCUGUCGGCAUCCAACCGACCAACCAAUCCACUGAUGGAUUCUAGAGUUUCCGUUUCAGUUGCACGGUGACUUGCACUAACAACGGGUGGUUGGUUCUUUGCGCGCUACGCAAAACUUCGCAACACAGAGUCCUCUUUCGCUGUGACAAACAAACGAAAUAAACGAUUCGGUCUCGCCAAAUAACGGUAAAUGCAAGAAUAUUUUUUGUGGUGUUUGAAAAAGAAAAGAUAAUUGAAAAUAAGAAAUAAUAUUUUGCAAAUGUGAAUUUGUGAGUGAAUGUGUUUAUCCUCCCCUCUCGAAUGGAAUAAAUAAAUGAAUAACAACAAAACAUAAUCAUAAUAAUAAAAAGGAAACCUGAAUAAAAAAUAGCAAAGGGAAAAGGAAUAACAACAAAAAGUCAAGUGAAGUGAAUUAUUACCCUGAAAUAAAUCUUUUUUCUUUUUUCGGGUGGCAUAACGUAAAUGCAACAACAAAAAAAGUCGUCAUAACAAAAAGUGCCAAAUAAAGUGAGAUUUGUUAUUUCUGGUUUUAAACAACAACAGCAUCAAAGAAAAGUGAAGAAGAGUAACAACAAAUAUUGAAUAUUAAACAAAACAACAAUAGCAGCAGCAACAAUAAUAAUAACAAGGAAUUACUUUUAUCUUUGAGAUCUGAGAGAAGAAGAAAGAAAGAAUUUUAAAGUGUGUUCUGUGUGAAAAUUUGUUCUAAUUUGAUUAAUGAUAAAAUCCAUUUUAUGAAGUGAAAAAUAUAAAUAAAUAUUUAGCCAUUUUUGGAAUUUUCAACAUAUUCGGAUUAAAGCCUUAAAUGUAUUGUUUGACAUUCCUUUGGACUGGUCUUAAAUUAAACUGGUAGUCAAGCCAAAAAAACUGAAACCAGACAUCUGAAGGAUCAGCAGCAGAAAAAACCAAACACUGAAAGUGACAAAAUUUCAAAUACAAAAAAGAAUAGAAAAACAAAGAAUAAAUGUUGUUGUGUUAGUUUGUUUAAGAAGUUACAAGAAACGGCAACACUUUGGCGAAACAAAAGCCAGCAAAAAACGAACGAAAAAAAACCGGCUAAACCAGGACACACACAAGCUAUGAUAAGUGUUAGACAGCCAGGCCGGCAGUAUUGGUAACAAGAAUAACAGUCUAACGAGGAAAAAAACAAAGGAUUUCGAAAAAAAGAAACGAGAGAAAAAACUGAAACCCAACAGGAUGUUAUGUAGAGCAAUUUGAUAGUCCUUGGAGCAUGUAUUGCCAUGGUUACCCUACUGCCAUGUUGUUCGAAACGUUUUUGAUGAGGCUAGAAGAUUUAUGAAAAAAGAAAACAAUCAUUUGAGAAGACAAAAAAAAAAACACUCAAUCGCUCACUCCCCCCACUCCCUGGCUACCUGGAUUGAAUUGCAGAGAAAACUACUCUCGCCGGAGUAACAGAGAAAAAGAAGUGAAAAAGAAAAACAAACAUUAGAGUUUGUUUUCAUUUUGGUUGUCUUUAACGCACUCGCCCUCUCACCCCUCUCUGGCCGCUCUGUGCACUCUCAGCCCUCUCUUGGGCUCUCUGUUUUCCAUUUCCUCCCCCUGAUUUUGAGUUGUUCCACGGGUUUCCAUUACAAACCACUCAAACACACGCACUCUUACAACGCUCUUGCUCUCCCACCGCAGGGGCCUCUCUCUCCCUUGUCAGUCGUUGUAAUGCCCUCAAGCUGGUGUGUCCAUAGUUUACAUUCAGUUUACUUUUGCAUGAUUUGACAGCAGCAUCGUCGUCAUCAUCAUCGUCAAGAGCAGCAGCCAAAGGAAUAACGACACAGACAGAACGUCGUAUUCGUCGUCGUUGUCACAACAGAAUAAAAAACAAUUACCUCACAAGAAAUCAAGGAAAGAAAGAAAACGAAACAAAAAAUAAACAAAGGAGCCAAAAAUAACAAAAGGAUAUUUUCCCAGCAAAACUGACACUCGAUUGCGAAAGAGGAGAGGAAACUAUUCUCGAGGAUUAGACAAAGGAGAAAAUUAGAAGCUCGCCACGGGAGUCAUGAGAAAAAAGGAUCUGGGUGAUGAGAGGACGACAACAAUAACACCCAGUGCUGCAAUAAAUUCCAUGAGGACAGCAGCAACAACAACAAUGUCAACAAACGGCAACAACAAUGACAAUAUGCUGGGCUCAACGACAAACGAAUCAAGUGCAGGCCCAGCCAAGAUAGUUUCCUAUCAUCAGCAGCAGCACAAUCAAAACAAUGACCACAGUGCUAAAACAACAGCAACAACAACAAAACCAGCAACAUAUCAGGACAAUAAAGGCAGCAACAAAAUGCCACAACAGCAACAACUACAAGCCCAUCAACAUUUGAGAGACAGCGACAGCAGUCCAUCACCACAAAUGUCAAAUGCACAAAACCGAACGCAAACUAGUCGCCUUGAAGGAUUUAAUCAGCAGCAGCAACAGCAACAACAGCAACAUAAACGAAAUCCUUCCUUAGCUACAGCCAAAGCUAGUGCACCACAGCCUUUAUCUUCCGCUUCUUCCUCGUCGUCUCACCUACCAACCAUUAAAACAAAAUCAACAACAAACACAACGGAUACCACAACUCCUGCUGCCUUAAGAAGCAAAGGAGUCAGCAGCCCCACAUCAACGCUAAUCAAACCACCUGCAUCAUUCCAUCUCAAAACGCUAAUUGCCUCCACACCUCUAACAACGUCCUCCGUCGCCGACAGCACCUCGAAAUCAGCUUCAUCAUCAGCGAAAUCUGCCUCCCUCUCACUGCUGCACAUAUUUUUCUUUUUAAUUUGCCUCAGCUCACUGGGCUUUUCGCUGUACGGCAAUAUACGGCAGACCCACAUGGAACAUUCGCUGCGUCACUUGCUGCAGCUGGAGGAACGUCUUGGCAGUGUGGAAAUGGAAUUACGUUUGCAACAACAGCAACUACAACAGGUCAAUGCGGAUUUACAAAGGCAGGCGGAGGAAAGGCAAUAUCAGCAACGUUUGCCAAAGUCGUUUGGUAGCCAAGAAGACAUUAACGCCUCGGAAAACCCCGCCGAUGAUGAAGACCCCGACAUGGAUGAUGAAUUUGAAGAUAGCGAUAGCAUUUUGGAUGAUGCCUCGGAUUAUACGGUGUCCUCGUCGCAGCGUCAUGGUUUGCGGGAACGUGGUCUCAAUUCCAUUCUCCAUUUGGAUAAUGCCAAAGAUGUUAGCCAGGCUGUGAGGCUUCUCACACGCCAGGUUGGCGAAUUGCAUCGUCUGCGUAGAGAUGUUUCACAAUUACAAAUUAGCCGGCGUCAGCAUAGCAGACGACAAACGGGCGUUGGCUCGGGUAUGGGUGGUGGCGGAGGAGGAGGAGGCGGUGGCCUCAGCUCCUCACAUGAACAACGUUUGGCGCCCUUCCAAGAAUGUGGAUGUCCACCAGGUCCUCCCGGCCCACCAGGUCCACCCGGCAAACGGGGGAAACGUGGCAAGAAAGGUGAUCCUGGCGAGAAAGGAGAUCCGGGCAUGAAUGGCAUUAAUGGCGAAAAAGGUGCCCCUGGCAGACCGGGUGACAAAGGCUCCAAAGGAGAUGUUGGCCAUCCGGGCAUUGAUGUUUUCCAAACAGUUAAGGGCCUUAAGCGAUCUGUAACAACGUUACAUGGCGGUACCUUAGGCUAUGCGGAAAUUGUAGCAGUCAAGGGUUUACAAGAAGCCGGUGUUAAUGUUUCAACGGCAACUGUAAUACAAUUGAAGGGUGAACCUGGCGAACCCGGUCCUCCAGGCCCACCAGGGCCCCCAGGUGAUAUUGGCUCACCCGGCCUUAAUGGUGAACGUGGUCCACCCGGUGAAACAGGGCCAGCUGGUCCAGCCGGGCCACAAGGAGAACCCGGACCAGUGGGACCUCCAGGUCCACCUGGUCCUGCGGGACUUAAGGGUGAUAAAGGUGACCGUGGCGAUCGUGGCCUUACCACAACAAUCAAAGGUGAUGAAUUUCCAACAGGCAUCAUUGAGGGUCCACCCGGACCUCCGGGACCACCAGGACCACCUGGUGUACCCGGCGACAGAGGUGAAAUGGGUCCUGCUGGCCCACCCGGACCACCUGGUGAGAAGGGUCCACGCGGCAAACGUGGCAAGCGGAUAUUUGGUCCAGGCGGUGCUAAAGAUGAAGAUUACGAUGAUCCUCCAGUUACUUUGUUACGUGGCCCACCAGGUCCCCCUGGCAUACCAGGCAAAGAUGGCCGUGAUGGUAGAGAUGGUUCCAAGGGUGAACCCGGUGAGCCCGGUGAACCUGGCUCGUUGGGUCCCCGUGGCUUAGAUGGUCUACCAGGUGAACCUGGCAUUGAGGGCCCUCCUGGCCUUCCAGGUUAUCAAGGACCUCCCGGCGAAAAGGGAGAUCGUGGUGAUAUUGGACCCCCCGGCCUUAUGGGACCACCCGGCUUGCCCGGACCUCCCGGCUAUCCUGGCGUCAAAGGUGACAAAGGCGACCGUGGUGAUUCGAAGUAUCGUAAAAUGCGCAGACGUCAAGAUGAUGGCAUGGCGGAUGCUCCUCAUCAUAUGCCCACCAUUGAAUAUCUUUAUGGUCCUCCCGGUCCACCUGGUCCCAUGGGACCUCCUGGCCAUCCGGGUAAACCCGGUGAUAGAGGUUUGGAUGGCCGCAAAGGAGAUCCUGGUGAAAAAGGCACAAAAGGUGAUCAGGGUCCUAUGGGUCUGCCGGGUCCUAUGGGCAUGCGCGGCGACUCAGGACCUAUGGGUCCCUCUGGCAAAGCUGGUCUUCCGGGUCCACCUGGUCUAGAUGGCAUGAAGGGCGCUCAAGGUGAAACUGGCAUAAAGGGUGAACGUGGCGAUCCUGGUCUACCGGGUACCGAUGGCAUACCCGGCCAGGAGGGACCUCGCGGUGAAAAGGGCUCCCGAGGAGAUCCCGGUCCACCGGGUAAACGUGGCCGCAAAGGUGAUCGUGGUGAUAAAGGCGAACAAGGUGUACCCGGCCUGGAUGCCCCAUGUCCAUUGGGUUCUGAUGGCCUGCCAUUGCCGGGCUGUGGUUGGAGACCGCCAAAGGAAACGGUUAUCUCAACACCGGUGCACAAGGAUUAUCUGCCCGAUGUCACCGGUCCCGAGAGCAAUAAUGCCAGCGAUUAUGAACAGGAAGAAGAGGAGGAGGAACAAAAUGAAAACGAAGAUGAAUACGAUGAAUAUCAAGAUAAUUUACACAACGAUUAAAAUUAUUUUCAAUGGAAAAGAAAUUCGAAAAAAAGACAAGGCAAAGUAAACGAUAAACACAAAUGAAAGAAAUAGCUAAACACGGAGACAAUGCAAUGCAUCAUAAAUGUGCUAAAAGCCCCUUUUGCAGGCAACAAAGGAACGCUACACAAUAAUGUUUAACAAGAAUUACAAACAAACAAGAACAACAUCAAAAAACGAAAAAAAAAACAUCAGGGGCUCCCAUAAAACAAUGAUUCUGUUCUUGUCAUGUCAAACUCCCCCGGCCAUCAUAAAUCUCCGAACAUUCGACCAAGCCGACUUUGCUGCAUUUACAUUUAGCCAUGCGUUUAUCUCGCACACCAUCAAACCAUUAGCACCUGCUGUUUUUACACAUCUCCUCAACACCGAGUGACAUUUCCAAUUAACAGCCAAUUGAAAUGGAGUGGGAGGAAAAUAGGAAAAAAAAAAGAAAACUCUUAUUGUAUUUUUGUCUCUCUAACCCUUUUUAUUUAUUUUUAAUUUUUUUUAUUUAUAUAUUUGUUUACUAAUUUAAAUCACUAUCUUAACCCAACAACUACUAUAACAAAAACAACAACACCAAGCACCUUAGAACUCAUCGCCUAAAUGUUCGAUGUUUUGUUAUCUACUUCACGGUGGAGGCUGUAAUACUCUCUUAACACACAGACAACUGGGAAGAAUGGCUUAGGGAAGAGGUUAUACGCAUAAUCAAGAGUAUGCCAAAGAUACGGCGUAGAUAGAUUGCAAAAAAAUCCCCAGAAAACCUACAAAACCCUGCCCCUCUCUUGUCAAUCACCAAUCAACACAGAGCUUUAAAACACACACAGCUAAUGAAUUGAAGUGAAGAGCAGCUUUCAAAACACAACAACAACACCACACCAAUCUAUGCAAUAUUUUCUCGUUUUUAUUCCCACAAUUUAACAAAAAUUUUAAAUAUUUUUUUAGAUUUAAGAACAACAACAAUUGAAUAAAGAAUCUUUUCUAAGGAGAA